CCUUCACCUUCUUUCUGUAAAAAAAAUGAGUUGGAGGAGAUAUGGGGCUGAAAGGACAAUAAUGCCCCUGCCAAAGUUGAGAUUCGAAGCUCUCUUUUUUUAAAAGCAGUUAAGGCGAAAGGUAAAGCAUAUUUUGAUUGAUGGAUGUGGAUAGUGAAAAGGAGUGGUUAAAAGAUUGCGUCUGCACUGUCCAAGAAAACAAAGCACACUGGCAGGAUAUCGCGGUCUUGGUGCUUGUAAAAGUUGGAAUGGAUGGUACUUUUUUAAAUUGUAUAGCCCAUUUAGUAUUCAGGAGUGGACUACGAGUAACAUGGAAUGGAAAUCAUCAGAAAAGAAAUCACGUGACUAUGGAAAUCAAUUAAGUCAAAUGAUAUGAAUGUGCUUUGCUCCGUAGACUGGUAUCAUGUCAUCAGGGUUUCCAGUAAAAAUUCUGCCAUGCUUGGCUGGGCAUUUGAACUGUAUGCUAGGUCCUUAAAAUGGCAGGUCUCGAUCAUUAUCAUAAUCAAGUGGUUUGAGAGCUUAUACUUUACCUAUAAUUAUUUGAAGUAAAGUUGAUAUCCUAACUGCUCCCAUUAAAGGGUCCCAGUGAUAAUGAUUAACAGGCCCCUGAUAUGUGCAUAUUGUGGACCUGUUGAGACCAUGUGGAAAGUAAAAACUGUCACCUCUUUACCAGCUUUUCCUGCGAAAUAAAAAGAUGGAGAAUCCUGUCUGGGGUGGUUGGAUCAUCUUACUUCUUCAUUACUUGUGUCUGGUGGAUGUAAUGCAUGAUUCUUCAUCCGUUUCUCUUGAUGGACCAUGAGAUAUUAAUAAUGCAACACAGUACUCCAUUUAUUGUUUCUUAACUUUGCUUCCAGCUUUCUUGAACAAACAUUGCUUUAGGUGCUUCAAUGCCGAGAUCAAGAGGAUCAGAAAUGCCUCAAAGGCAGUCUCCUCGAGGCUCACAUCCGCAUAGGACAUCUAACUCUGAUUCCGACCCACUGCAUCAUAGACCUAUAACUGAUCGAAGAGAGAAGCUAGGAGACCGUUGCUCCCCAAGAGGCUCCCAGCCUGACUCAUUAAACCAAAAGAAGCUUGGAACCCGCAUUGCAGAUUUAGAAUCUCAGCUUGGCCAAGCACAAGUAGAGCUGAAGACUCUAAAAGAGCAGUUGGCUUCAGCUGAAGCCGCAAAGAAAGAAGCUCAAAAAGAAUUGGAGAAAAAAGCCAGGAAAGGUGCUGUUCCAGAGCCAGAGGUGGAUUCCAAAAAAGCAGAUAGCAACUCAGCAGAUGAAGUUUCUGAAGACAUCCAGCUGGAAACUGAUGUUUUUGAAGUUCCAGUGGAGAAAAAGACUGUUGAGCCCAAGGUUGAUCCUGGCGACCUGCUUGAUCAGGUAGAAAAAGAAAACAACCCAACUGAUAUACCGGCUGAACCACUAGUGAUUUCAGAGCCAGAAAAGCUGUCUUUUCAUGACCUGGCAUUGAAGGAUGAUGAGAUAAAUAUGCUAAAAACCAAGCUAGAAGAGAAACAAAAGGACCUAGAGGUGUUUGGUAUGGAAAAUGAGAACUUGAAGAAUCAACUGAAUGUAGCAAAUUUGUACAUCUCAUCUGCCAAAUCCAAGGAAGAGGAAGUGUCCUUGAAGCUGGGCCAAUUGGGAGAAGAGCUGGAAGCAAGUAAAGCAAAUGCUGCCCAGUUAAAGGGGAAACUGGAAGCUGCCGAAGGAGCAAAUGAAGCAUUGGAGACAGAAAUGAAGAAAAUGAGAGUGCAGACAGAGCAGUGGAGAAAAGCAGCAGAUGCUGCUGCUGCAGUACUUGCUGGGGGAGUAGAGAUGAAUGGAAGGAUUCCAGAGAGGUGUGGCUCCAUGGAUAAGCACUUUGGUGGUGUAUUCGAGCCACCAGUAGGAGGGUAUGCUGGUUUCGUCGGAUCACCUGGAAUGGCUGAUGAUUUGGACGAUGGUUUUGGUAGCGUGAAGCGAAAGAGUUCUGGGAUCAAGAAGUUUGGAGACUUGUGGAAAAAGAAGGGCCAGAAAUAAGAUGUUAUGUUGUUGAAAUCCCCAUGUACCCUUUUUUAUUGUGUUGGUAAGGAAAUGGUUGCUCGCCAUUUCACAUUUUGUUGUCAAUGUUUAUAUAUGUUGAAGUUACGUUAUCUAAACCUUUUCAGGGAUGAUUUUGUAGCAUGCUGUUGCUUUGGUGAAACUGGGAAUCCUCCUAGCUUUCACAAUAAAAUAUGUGGAGACCUCACUCCUUUUCAAGAUA